GCAUACACUAGAUCAGAUGAAAUAGACAAAGGUAUUAUUUCAACUAUACAAUAUGGUGAACUACAACACAACAAUAACAAAAAUAGUGCGUUUAAAUUAGCAAUUUCCAAUCGACAGUUGAAUGCUGAUCAGAUAGACACCUGGAAUUUAUUAAAUAUUGCUACUACAGUAUGUGAUGAUUUGAAAAACGGUAUGGUGAUAAUAUUAUGUGGUAAUAUGAAUAAACCACACGAAGCACUUUCUGCCAUUGCUGAAAAUAUGGAAAUACCACUGGUUAAUUGGGAUUUGGCACCGAUUCUGCCAUCAGAAGAAACUCACAAUUUCUUUCAAGUGAGUGUUUGUCCACCAACAGCAGAAUUGAUAGCCGAUCUAAUUUUGCACAAGCAGUGGCCAGCUUUUGUGUAUCUGCACGAUGGCAAAAACUGUACAGCUUUAUAUCAAUUGCAUAAUUCAAAAACUGCAAUUAACCUGCAAUGGAUUUAUCAUUAUUUGCAUCGUAAAAGUAAAGUUUCCAUACCCGCAGAAAUGGUGAGAUUACCGAAAGAUGAAAAUAAAUUUCCGGAAUUUUUUCGAAAAAUGAAUGCGUAUCGAUUGGCAAAUAAUUCUAUUAAAUAUAUUGUGAUUGACGCAGGUUCUUCAUAUCGCCAAAAAACGUUCUUAGCUGCUAUGAGAUCCGCUCAGUUCAGUCAACUUGAAUACCACUAUAUUGUUGGAAAUUAUGAUUUUUCACGGUACGAUGUGGAAAUGUUCCAAAAUGGCAAUAUAAACAUUUCGGGAUUUCAAAUAAUAAAUCGUGAAAAGAAGGAAUAUCUUAAUCUGAGGAAAAAUCUGCAUAAUGUUUCAUUAAAAGUGGUCAAAAGUGAUACUGACAUAGAAGCAAAAUUUGUAUUUGUUCACGAUGCAAUGCUUGUAUUACGUGCUUUACUGACAACGGUUUUGCGUCGAAAUGAUUCAUUAUUUCGACAAAAUUUUCGACACGGACAACUCUACAAUAGAGGAUAUCCGGGAAUUUACUGUCAUCCAAAUAUGGAUCAUGAUAAUCCACACAGACCAUUUACCACUUUUGAACACGGACAAGCUUUAACUGCAGCUCUGCGCGGACUGAAAUUGGAUUCAAGCGAUGGUACUCUGACUGGUAGAAUUGAAUUUGAUCGUUUUGGCAUGCGUAAAAAUUAUGACGUAACUGUAAUUGAUUUAGUUUCUAGUACACAAUCGGCCUUCAACAAAAAAGAAAUGAUGAUUUGGAAACAAGGCUUAGGAUUUUUUGCCAACCAAACAUUUGCCGAGCACACUCGAAAAAAUUUGGGAAUUUCUCGGGAGAAAAAAGUUCUGAAAGUCGUCACAAUCGUAGUAAGAAUCCAAAAAUUCAGUCUUUUAUGUCUAAUACUUUUAUCGACAAUUGAAGAUUUCAAAAAUUAUGAGAUUAUUCUGGCAAAAGGGAAUAAAUAUGGUAUCAAGCAACCAGAUGGUUCCUGGGAUGGUUUAAUCGGUUCAUUGCUUAGUGGAGAAGCUGAUCUUUGUGUUGCAUCUCUUACUAUAAAUCAAGAUCGAGAACGAGUCGUUGAUUUCUCGAAACCAUUCAUGACGACAGGAAUUAGCAUAAUGAUAAAAAAACCGGACAAGCAAGAAUUUUCAGUUUUUUCAUUUAUGCAACCAUUAAGUACUGAAAUAUGGAUGUACAUAAUAUUUGCCUAUGUCGGGGUAUCAGUAGUGAUAUUUUUUGUGUCACGAUUUUCACCGUAUGAAUGGCGUAUUGAAGAAGUGUCUGCUGGUUCUUAUACAGUUUCUAAUGAUUUUUCUGUUUAUAAUUGCUUGUGGUUUACACUUGCGGCGUUUAUGCAGCAGGGCACGGAUAUUGUUCCUAGGUCAAUAAGUGGUCGUUUGGCUAGUAGUGCUUGGUGGUUUUUCACGAUGAUAAUCGUUUCAUCGUAUACUGCCAAUUUGGCAGCAUUUCUUACCUUAGAAAAAAUGCAAGCUCCAAUUGAAUCAGUAGAAGACUUGGCAAAACAAACCAAAAUCAAAUAUGGAAUACAACAGGGUGGUUCUACAGCGCAAUUUUUUAAAUACAGUUCAGUACAAAUUUAUCAACGCAUGUGGCGUUAUAUGGAAUCUCAAGUGCCAACAGUUUUUACGUCAACAUAUGCUGAAGGUAUUGAACGUGUACGGAAUCACAAAGGUCGAUAUGCCUUCUUACUGGAAUCUACUGCCAAUGAAUAUGCAAAUACAAGAAAGCCAUGUGAUACAAUGAAAGUUGGCAAGUUGAUUUGUUCAAAUUUGAAUUCCAUUGGUUACGGAGUUGCAACACCAUUUGGCUCGCCUUACAAAGAUCAUAUCAAUCUAGCAAUACUUGCAUUACAAGAACGUGGUGAAUUGAAAAAAUUAGAAAAUAAGUGGUGGUACGAUCGUGGAGAAUGUGAUCAGGGCAUCGCAGUUGAUGGUCAUAAUGCAAGCUUGAAUUUGAGUAAAGUAGCGGGAAUAUUUUAUAUUUUAAUAGGUGGUAUGAUUGCCUCCAUGUUGGCAGCUUUUGGAGAAUUCUUGUAUCGUUCUCGAAUAGAAGCUCGUCGAAGUAAUAUGACUUCUCUUUUCGGAAGUUUGGCUGAAAAUCUUCGUAGUACUUUGUCCACACAACCAUGGAAAAUUGCGCAGGAUAAAGAAAAAAUUAAUGAAGGAACUCCGAAAAUGCUCAAGAAACACGAUGAAGUAUCCAGAUCAUCUGAUUCCAAAUUUAGCAGAGUAACUGAUGAUUUAGUCAAUAAUCAGUUAUUUGGAGGACGUUACAAUACUGCUGUUUGA